GUGGAAACACAGUAGUGUGAGGGAUUGAUUUAUAAAAUGAUCCGCUAGUGUUGUUUUGUUUUUCACGUCCGCUCCCUGCUCACAUAGGAGGUAACUGACCACCUGACCUAAUGAUGCCGUAAGGAUGGUAGCUCUGGUCCACGACGUUACUGCGCAUUUCUCCACCACUAAACUAGAGUAAUGCCUGAUGUCCAUCAGACGCAUGUGCGUGUUGUUUUGCUGGAUGUCUAGCCCGCAUUUUCCGUACAAUUAAUUUGAAAAUGAAUGACUUCCGCCGGAUCGCAAAGAGUUUGAUGCGUCCGGUGGACGUGAGGCGUAACAGGCAGUUAACGCCCUGGACCAGAGCUAUUAGGAUCGCUAUAACGGGUUGUUGCAACGUGGGCGUCAACAUGGAACCACACGCGCUAUUAUUUGACACCGAUGUCCAUUUCCGUUCCAUGUCGCGACCAAAUCGUCUCGGGACGCGGUAAUCGGUUUAUUCUCUGCUUUUCUUCUAUCUUCAGAGAAGCGAACUAAACGGAACGAACCGAACCGAACCGAACGUAAUCAUGCCGUGUACGUGUGGGAACUGGAGACGGUGGAUCCGACCUCUCGUGGUCUGCCUCUACGUUGCUCUGCUACUCGUGGUUCUGCCGCUGUGUGUCUGGGAACUACAGAAGUCUGAGGUGGGGACCCACAGUAAAGCCUGGUUCAUAGCUGGAGUGUUUGUGUUCAUGACCAUCCCCAUCUCUCUAUGGGGCAUCCUGCAACACCUGGUACACUACACACAGCCUGAGCUACAGAAACCCAUUAUCAGGAUCCUGUGGAUGGUACCCAUCUACAGUGUGGACAGUUGGAUCGCGCUGCGCUACCCCAGAAUAGCCAUCUACGUAGACACGUGUAGAGAGUGUUACGAGGCCUACGUCAUUUACAACUUCCUCAUCUUCCUGUUAAACUACCUCUCUAACCAGUAUCCCAGUUUGGUGUUGAUGCUAGAGGUUCAGGAACAACAGAAACACCUGCCACCACUAUGCUGCUGUCCACCAUGGGCAAUGGGAGAGGUGUUGUUAUUCCGCUGUAAGCUGGGGGUUCUACAGUACACCGUCGUCAGGCCCGUAACUACAGUGAUAGCACUUGUCUGUCAGUUGUGUGGUGUGUAUGACGAGGGAAACUUCAGCAACAGGAAUGCCUGGACCUACCUGGUCCUAGUCAACAAUAUCUCUCAACUGUUUGCCAUGUAUUGUCUGGUGCUGCUGUAUAAAGCCUUGAAGGAUGAACUGAGUCAGAUUAGACCCGUUGGGAAGUUCCUCUGUGUUAAAAUGGUCGUCUUCGUCUCGUUCUGGCAGGCAGUGUUGAUAGCUAUACUGGUGAAAGUCGGAGUGAUCUCUGAUAAACACACCUGGGACUGGGACAGUGUUGAGGCUGUAGCCACCGGACUACAGGACUUUAUCAUCUGUGUAGAGAUGUUUCUAGCAGCUAUAGCCCACCACUACAGCUUUACCUAUAAACCUUACAUACUGGAGGCAGAGGAGGGAAGCUGUUUUGACUCCUUCAUGGCCAUGUGGGACGUGUCUGACAUCAGAGCAGACAUCUCAGAGCAGGUCCAACACGUAGGUCGGACGGUCCUGGGCAGACCCAAUAAGAUGUACUUUGGCUACACCAGCCGUCCUCAACACACUGAACACACAGGUCUGUCUGGCCGUCCUGAACACACAGGUCUGUCUGGCCGUCCUGAACACACAGGUCUGUCUGGCCGUCCUGAACACACAGGUCUGUCUGGCCGUCCUGAACACACAGGUCUGUCUGGCCGUCCUGAACACACAGGUCUGUCUGGCCGUCCUGAACACACAGGUCUGUCUGGCCGUCCUGAACACACAGGUCUCCUGUCGGCUGCGUCCCAGGGAGGGUCAGAGCAAGACAUCAUCGUCGCGGAAACCGUCUCCGUCCCCGCCUCCCCUCUGUCGGGUCACUACCAGGGACUAGGCCACACCCCAAAGCCAUACUCUUACUCCGCCCCCUCCGGGUUCAUUUCUUCUGAUUGGGACGAGGACAGCGAGGAGAAACAAUCGGAGACCGGUGCAGGGGUUUCCCACCCUGGUGACAUCGCUGGCGACACCCCCACCGCCGACAUCACUGCGAGGGGUGACUUCAUUCGUGACAUCUCAGAUGGCGACGCACCCAGUGACAUCAGUGCUGACGUCACUCGUGACGUCGUUGGUGACAUCACUGGCCACGCCCUCAUUGACAUCAGUGGCGAAGUCCCCGGUGAAAUGAGUGGUGACUUUACUGGUGACAUCACGAGUAACAUUACUUUUUGCACGUAGGAGGAGUGUUACUGGUCCAGAGUGUGUUCCUUCCUGUCUCGUGACUCCUCCCCUUCACCCUGACUGGCUGAGACACGCUGGCUGACUCCAAACCAAUGUUUUUAAAGGGGGAGUGGACACAAUUCAGAAAGAAGGGUUUAACCAGUCAAGGAGAGUUUGGACACAGAGGAAGCCAUGUUGGUGUUGUAUUUGCCAUAACAAUAGAUUCAUUAUAAAUAACUUUAUAAAUGAUGUUUAUAAAACACUAAUGUCAAGUUUGACAUAAUAAUGUGAUAUAAUUAUGUUUCGUUACUAUAAUUACUAUUGUUUUAAUAUUUUGUAAUUAAUCAUUUUUGGAUAACAAUGCUAUUUUAUUGACUGUAUUUUGUCAUUAUCCGUUUUAUUAAUUUAUUUAAUAUAUAUUAAUACAUACAACAAUUCAAUACCAUAUAUAUAUAUAUAUAUACACUGCAAUAGACUGAACUACAGCUAAUCAUUAUUACAGGCAUGUUACUGAAGACAAUACACAGCCUACUCACGCCAUAGCAGACCAUCCUUCUAUUCAGCAGUAGGAUGCCAUUGACUUGUCAGCUGAUUCAUUCAACGACCUUCUUCUGUUGUCUUGGUAAUAAAACCAUUAUAAAAUAUCAUGGUGUCAGCCUGUCAGAAUGGUGUUUACAACAAAACCAUUAUAGAAUAUCAUGGUGUCAGCCUGUCAGAAUGGUGUUUACAACAAAACCAUUAUAGAAUA